AAACCGGUGUUGCAUGAGCUGUACCAUUUUUUCUUAAAAGGGGUGGAUAUACAACUCUGUCAUGGAUGGUGAGAAAAUAUAAAAGUUCCACUUAGUAACAGUCACCGUUUCGGAUUCGAGGUCUCGCCCAAAAAUGGCUGUGGAGAAACAGUUAUGAAGAUGUGUCGAUCUACUCACCUAAUUAAUGUGGCGCAUGCUCCAAAUUAACCAAGAGUCCUCUGAUCGAGCCGGAGGACAUUUCUGGAAGGCCCCUUUCACCAUGUAGGAAGUGAUCCUGUGACACGGUGUGUGCAGGAUUGUGAUCCUUGCCUAACUGCUUUGUGAAGCCGAGCCGUUUCCUGAGCUGUCAUAGUUCUAUGUUUCUAAAUAACUCUCAGGAACAGCGCUGCACCGCUUUGAUCAUUAUAUCAUUCAAGUGCAAGUUGCUGAUAAUACGGUUUGAUUAAUGAUGGACUGGACCACACUGCAUCUGUGCCCGUGGAGAUCUACAGAAUUUGAAUGCCUGUCAGUCACAAAGUUAAGUAGUUAUAUUUUGGCUAAUUUAAUUGUGCAUUCAGCCACCAAUAAGACUGUAGUACGUUCAGCUUCAUUUAACACAUUUUCCCAUGUUUAAAUCCAGAUUUUCACCCAAUUUCAGCACAAAAAAUGUGACAAUGCUGUCUUGGUAAUUUUCUUGGAUGGUAAUAAAUCGCUAUGCUUUUAAAUUGAGUAAACAUUAACUGGUUUGGUGUCCUGUACGGUGUGGAAAAUGAAACGAUCACAGUGGAGUCUUUUGCCUCAGCCUGUUUCCAUGUUUUUCAUAAAAUCAGCAUUUAUUCUUUCCCGGCUGCUGCCCGUACCUAUGCUGACAGGUCUCCAACCCUGCAUUAGUGUGGAAAUAAGUCAAAUCCUUAAUGCCUUGUUUUUCUUGCAUUUUUUUCCCCUUCUCUCUCACCCUCUUAAGACAGGAAAGGGUUACUUUCCAUGUUUCCUGUCCAAUUCCCCUAGCUCCAGCUCCUUUCGGAUCACUUUCUUCAUACUAAACAUUCCCAGGCUCCCAUAACCUCCUGGCUUCCUUGCACUGGCCAAGAGAGAUCCCAGGUGUGCAGAGGGCUGUGGAAGGAGAAGAAGAGGAUUGUGGUCCGUCUUGGGACAGAGACGCUGACGAUUCUUUGGGAUCUUCAGUGACAGUGUGGCAGACAUGAAAACCCAAGAGCACCGUUCCAGCCCUCUGAAAUCACACACACAGAGUGAUGCACGGCCCCACUCCCAAAUUAAAGGUCUCCAGUUUCGCAGCAUUGCACCCAAAGCCCCAGCAGUGGUUCCAUCAUCUGCAGUUCUGUCCUGCCAACCUCCCUCAGCCCUUCCAGAAGCAUCCACAGCUGUCAGCCCCAAAUCCAUCCUGGUCCCUGCCCAGAACUAUGCACUCAUGCAGGUGGCUGGACAAGAGGGAACCUUCUCAUUGGUGGCCUUACCUCAGACACAACAGCAACAGCCAAUCCAGAAGAACCUUAAGCUGCCUAUUCCUAGAUACCAACCGGUGAGAAGCAAGAGCGCUCCAGAAAAAGGCAGUAGCAAGAUGCCGAGUCCAGCCAAGGUUUCUGCAACCGCACAAGCUCAAUCAUCUGCCGUAAAAUCAGACCAGAGUUCAGACCCAGUAUCUGAGCAGCUUAUGAUCGACACUCCUACUUCAUCAGAAAUCAACAUUGCACCCUUAUUCCCAGGUUCACAGACAGAUCGAAAAAUGGAACAAAAAAGCGAUGUCCGUCCACUCAAAAACCAGCACUACCCUUCUGGAACCUCCCUUGUUGCCCCUGUCAAGAAAAUCUCACCAGUUAAAACCCAAAUAGAGGGUCCAGCCUCGGCUGGCAGUGCCAUCACAGUUCUCUCUCCCACUAUCUUUAGCAAAGCUGUUCAGAUCAUUCCAUCUCCACCCAAGGGCAAGCUGCCCAUCCUGCCCUAUGCCAAGGUGAAAAACUCCCUCCUGGUACCAACCAGCCUUGCCAGCACCCCUUUCUCAGACAAGCAGACUGUGAGUGGAGCCAAAAGCAGCCUGAAAAGCCCUCCAGACAACAACAUCAAGUCCACAGACAGCAAAGUUAAAAGUGAAAGCCUGAGCCAAGACCACAACAACACCCAAUUCAAGAAACCUCCAGGCAAGAAACGGGGGAGGAAGAGGAAAACCAUGGAGGAUAUUCUGGCCUUUGAAGCCCGAAAGAAAAGAUCCUUGUCAUUUUUCAGAAGGAGGGUACCUGAGAAACCUUCACUUGGUGCUUCAAAUUCUGCCUCUCAAGAGAAGUUGCUGGAUAUAUCCAAAAAGUAUCGUAGUAUUCGUCCCAAGCCGGUACUGGUUAUGGAAACCACUAUUCCACAACUUGUACCGCUUCCUUCUUUGUCAACACCAGAGAACCCUGAUCAGGAACUACUAUUAGGACAACAAAUAUCAGGAAAACCACUGAGUGUUCCACAGUCUUCACAAGCUACUGAUCAGCAGCCGGUGGCAGAUUGUAAAGGUGGUGGAGGUGUGAUUUACACAAGUCGUCCGCUGCACCGAUGUCCUACCUGCAGCAGGUGUUUCCAGUUCAAGCAUCACUUGCAGAGCCACAUGAACAGCCACAGUAACCUGCGGCCCUAUGUCUGCCCGGUAUGCAGGAAGGCCUAUGCUCACUCGGGCAGCCUUAGCACUCAUAUGAAACUGCACCAUGCGGAAAGCAGGCCCCGGAAGAGCCUUUGCUGUGAAUUCUGCGAUAAGUCAUUUGGCUAUGUGGGUGUCUACUUCAGCCAUUUGAGAGAGGUACACCGGGUAAUACUCACCGUUGAGCCAUCCAUCAGUCAACAUGAAGAAAACAUGUCUGUAGAAGAGUCUUCAGAAGCUGACGAACAGGCCUCAGAACAGCGGGUUGACCCAGUCGAGCUACAAAUUAAGUGUGGGCGCUGCCAGGCCAUCACACCUACCUUUGCUGACAUGAAGCUGCAUUUGUUGUACGUGCAUGGAGAGGAAGUCCAGGUCCGACCGAGAGAUGGGGCCACGUGCGGCGGCCGUGAAGCAGAGGAUGAGCUGGUCAAACAUGCAGCGCAUUACUGGAGGCAGCUCAAUGAGAAACGCAACCUAGUGCACUGCGGCACCUGCAAUGAAGAGUUCUUCUCCUUUUCCAAGUUCAAAUGCCACCUCCAUUCUCACCAUCAAGGAGCUAGAGAGAGUCAAAAAGAGGAAGAGGUGGAAGAGGAAAUGGUAGGUAAGGAGGGCCAUGUAUUGAGGGGCCUCAAUAAAGGUAUAUCCCUGAGGGUGGGAUCUCACUUUAACUGCAUCCUUUGCAGUAAGGUCUUUAAUAAAAGACAAGAAGUUAUUGAGCAUUGGAGGGCACAGCACAACUGUGAAAAUCCCACCCUUCUUUGGGAUGUCCUAGACUUCAGAGGGGAGAACAAGCCUACUGAUGGGCCAAACUAACUGCAAAUGGGUAAUUUAUUAUUUGCUCCGUGUGUCGAUUGUGUGGUUUAUGCAGAAAAAAUCCACUAAUAGACUUUUUUUUUUUUGUUGUUGUUGAUGUUUUGUUUUGCACUGUUUUUAAUAUCACAAAUGUUGUUUUGUAAUGCUUGAAUUUUGUAAUGUUUGUUCUUUUUUUUUUUUCUUUUAAUGUUUUAUGCAUUAUAAAGUAAUCCACAACAUUCAAAUCACAAACCUCAAAUUUAAACAAAAAUAUUACCAUGGCCCAGCUGUAGAAGUAAUAUAACUGCCUGCAAAUGAAAGACCCAAGGAUGAUAAUCAUAAUUUGUAAGGUUUGUGUGGAGACAGUGUGUGCUAGUAACUGCUUCAGCUUAAAGUGAAUCAGGUGAAACAGACUAACAAAGGCUCAUCAAAAACACAUUGCCACUCAGACAAAUUGAAAAUUUGCAAUAGACUGAAUACAAAUGGGUCAUGAUUAGCAUGCUUGAAAUAACAUGUCAAAGAACAUUCAAAGUAAUACGAAUUAUCAGUGACAUUCCACAAACACAUAAGCAUAAUCACACAGUUUCAGUCCUCAUUCCACAACUAAAAUAAAUACUGCCGGAAAACCUCUGCUAACAGUCAAUUUUCAGUCGAAGACAUAGAGGUCCACUAAUAACGAUUUAAAAUAUCCCUGCGAAUAUAAAACUCAAUUUGGCCAAACUUUAAGUGUUAGGUUUUGUGUGUGUGUGUGCGUGUGUGCGCGUGUGCGUGUGUGUGUCAUAAAUAUUCUGUGUUGUAUUUUUGGAUGGAAACGUUAUAUAUUUAAAAUAUUUUUCCAUGGUGAAA